AUGUCUUCAUUUCAAGCUAAUCUUGUCCCCAAUUUGUCCUUCAAUCACUUUCAGACAUCAACGCACUUGAUAGGUGUUGGAAAUUUACAAUGUAGAGUUGAUUUGAGAAAAUCAAGAAGGAAAAUACCUUCAUAUAGUUGCAUAAGGUGUGAAAAGAAAGAUGAAGUUAACAAAGAUGAAGUUAACAAAGAUGAAGAAAAGAAAGACAAAGUUAUUGAUUAUGUGACGGUUGAACGGCCGCCUUAUUAUAGUUACAUGGAUUCAACUUCGGGUCAGCUUGAGCCGGCCUCGGGUGCUAGGGCAAGUAUUCCGGAAGUUGAGUAUUGGCCUGAAGGGACUGUUGAGCAAGUUAGGGCUGCUAGGGCGCCUGCUCCGACGGGAGAAUCAUUAGGGUCUCCGUCAUAUGGGAGUAACCCUGGUAGUAGGAGGAAGAGUAAUAGAAAGUCGGUUUCUGGUUCAUCUGAUGAGGCCAAUGUUGAGGGGAAUGACACUGGUCCUGAGGUUCUGCUUGAACAACCUCUGGAAGAUUCGGACGAGUUCUCGUCAGAUUAUGUUGUUUAUCAGUCUGAGCCGGAAGAGGAUACCGGGUACAAACUUGAUAAGAAAAUUGGAGCUCCUCAUCCGUUUAUUGAUCCGGCAGUUAGAAAGCCGAUAGAGGGAACACUUUCGAGUGACGAAUUAUGGUGGAAUUGGAGAAAGCCAGAGAAAGAACAUUGGUCUAGAUGGCAAAGGAGGAGACCUGACACUGAAACGGUUUUCUUAAAAGCUAUGGCAGAAAUUGGACAAGUGAAGCUUUAUGGUGAAGAACCAACAAUAACAGAAACUGCUCUUUACCGAGCCAGACGACAUCUUUAUAAGGAAGAAAGGCUUGAGGCUGAGCAAGAAAAACUGGAAAGGAUUGGUCCAAUUGCAUACUAUUCAGAAUGGGUAAAGGCAUGGAAGAGAGAUACAUCCCGUGAAGCUAUUCAGAAGCAUUUUGAAGAAACCGGUGAAGAUGAAACUGCUCAACUGAUUGAAAUGUUUUCCCACCAAACUGAUGCAGAGUAUCGCAUAAUGAUGGGGACUGAUAAUCGCAUCAAGAGGGAUCCUUUAGCAAUGCGAUUGAGAGAGGAUCAGAUAAAGCAAAUAUGGGGUGGAGAUCCAGUUUACCCAACUGUGAACUAUAUUCAAGAUCCAGACGAAGUAACUGACUACAGGGGACCAAAUUUUAAGGAACCAACACCAGAUAUGGCUUCUUAUCUGAAAGAGCAAGGAAAGAUGAUUUCAAUGGAGGAGCUAGAAAAGUUUCUGAAAACGCAAAAGACUCAACAAGUUCAGGUGUCUAAAAUAGAUGAAGCUAUGGCUAAAGCAGUAGAUAUUGGCGAAAAUGAUGAUGAAGAGGAUAGUGAUAUUGAUGUUGAAGAGGUAGUAGGAGUGGAAAAGGGAGAUGAAGAAGAAGAGGGAGAUGAAGAAGAAGACGACGAAUCGAAGAUUAGUCGUAAUUGGAGUGUUUUGAAAGCUACUCCCGAGCUUCGCAAAUCAAAGCCAAAACCAAAGAAAGAAGGUCCCAUGACACUGGAUGAGGCUCUAGGUGAUUCUGAGAACUUGACUGAUUUCCUCUUGGAUUUUGAUGAAGAAUGA